UACUGCAAACACUUCCUGGGAAAGGAACACUUUAACUAUUACUCGGUGGAUGCUGCGCUGGGUCAUCUCGUCUUCUCCAUGAAGUAUGAUGUCAUCGGAGACCAGGAGCACCUCCGCCUACUGCUCCGGACAAAAUGCCAAACGUACCACGAUGUCAUCCCGAUAUCCUGUCUCACCGAGUUACCGAACAUUGUACAAAUGGCAAAACUGGUUUGUGAAGAUGUGAAUGUGGAUCGAUUUCAUCCCGUCCUCUACCCGAAGGCGUCACGUCUCAUCGUCACGUUUGAUGAACACGUCAUCAGCAAUAACUUCAAAUUUGGUGUAAUCUACCAGAAAACAGGACAGACUACAGAAGAGGAAUUGUUUAGCACCAUAGAGGAGAGUCCAGCCUUUAUGGAAUUCCUGGACCUGCUGGGUGAGAGGGUUCUCCUGCAGGACUUUAAGGGGUUCCGGGGAGGUCUAGAUGUAGCUCACGGACAGACGGGGACAGAAUCCAUCUACUGCAACUUCCGUGGCAAAGAAAUCAUGUUCCACAUCUCCACCAAGCUGCCGUACACAGAAGGUGAUGCUCAGCAGUUGCAGAGGAAACGGCACAUCGGUAACGACAUCGUAGCCAUAGUCUUCCAGGAUGAGAACACCCCCUUUGUCCCGGACAUGAUCGCCUCCAAUUUCCUGCACAGCUACAUCGUGGUACAGGUGGAGGAUCCCUGCACCGACAACACUGUGUACAAGGUCUCGGUCACAGCCCGGGAUGACGUGCCUUUCUUUGGUCCGCCACUUCCAGAACCCGCAGCUUUCCGCAAGGGUCCUGAGUUCCAUGAUUAUCUCCUGACCAAGCUGAUCAAUGCGGAAUACGCCUGUUAUAAAGCUGAAAAAUUUGCUAAACUGGAGGAGCGCACACGUGCAGCGUUACUAGAGACUCUGUAUGAGGAGCUUCAUAUUAACAGCCAGUCCAUGAUGGGCCUCUACGGCGAUGAUGACAAGAUGGAGAAUGGAGGCGGUGGGGGAGGGGGCUUCUUUGAAUCCUUUAAGCGAGUCAUCAGGAGCCGUAGUCAGUCCAUGGACGCAAUGGGACUCAGCAGUAAGAGGCAACACACCGUGUCCACGAGCCACAGCGGCAGCUUCGGGCACAACCCAGAUAUUCCCAAGCUGCCUGGGAUAUCAUUGCUUGUGCCAGGGAAAGGUACCGGUCGGCAUGGACGGCGCGGAAGUGCCAUAGGCAUAGGAACCAUAGAAGAGUCGCUGAUUGUCCCGGGGAAGAGUCCGACAAGGAAGAAGUCCGGUCCCUUCAGCUCGCGGCGCAGUAGCGCCAUUGGGAUAGAGAACAUUCAGGAGGUCCAGGAGAAGAGAGAAAGUCCCACCGGCCCUCAGAACCCGGACAGUGGCCAUGCCUCGCAGGAGCCCAAGUCGGAGAAUUCCUCCAAUCACAGUUCCCCGGAGAUGCCUACCACCAGAACAGGUACAGGCCGGCGCAGGCCACCUCUCCGCCACACCGCCCCGCUGGACGCCCACUCUGGUAACCUUGUCUCGUCUUUCAGGGUGGAAUCUGGUCCCAGACCAGAAGCUCAUAGAGACUUCUCCCGCUCAUCGUCCAGCGCCAGCAGCUUCGCCAGCGUCGUGGAAGAGAACGAGUUGCUGGACGAGGAAGACACAGGGAUGGAGAGCGUCUCCUCAUCAGGAACCCCCCAUAAGCGGGACUCAUUCAUAUAUAGCACCUGGCUGGAGGACAGCGCCAGCAGCGUCAGCACCGCCAGUGGGGGGAGUACAUCAGGUUUUCCGCGCUCCCCACAACCAGAUGUCCGGAAAUUAGGCGGAGAUCCCGCUUAUCCCGAGAUUAAAAUCCAACUGGAGGAAACAGAAGCCGGCGCUAAGAAUCAGUGCCGGCAGAGAAGGCAGAACCUGAGGGAUUUGCGCCAAACUCCAGUCUUUGAUUCAGCGGAAUGUGACUGAUUCAGCUGCGGUCCCGGCCUCCUGACUUAUCGCUUGUGAGCGACGCUGCGACCAGAGCCUCUGCCGCGCUCUCUCCGUAGACUAACGCAGACUCUGCAUUUCCUGUAACGCUGCUGAUAUACUCUGUGCUACCUUCCUACAACACGACCACGUCAGACUGCAGGGGUGGCACUUACUGACAAGACUAUGAAACCGCCACAGCCACAUUCUCUCGCCGUAGGUCGUACGCCUAAAUGUCCUGCAGACAAGAGGUACAGGAGAUGAUCCGGAGGCGGAGUUGGGAACGCUGCGAGGGGUUACGACGAUGUAAAUACGACCCAGACACCGUGUUCCGUUUUUGUUUUUCUAUCUCAGGAUGUAAAAAAAAAAUGCACAAGUUUUUGUUCUAAUGAGCAUCGUCCCCGGAAAGGGUUACUGUAUGUCACGCUACAGGCGUGUCCCGUGUCAUAGCACCAUGUGUGCUUCUAUGUACGUUACACACGUGAUCAUACCGCUACUUCUAGAACAUGUGUGUAGGGGGAGGUUACUUUGUAUCUGUAUUCCUAGACCUCCGAUAGUAUCGACCCUUGGCGAGUGAGGGGCAGGAUGACCCAACCCUCUACGACACUGCGUGCUCCGUCCCUUGCACUAGAUUGUAACGGAUACAUUGUACGUGGCGUUCUACGGUGUACAGCUGUCGCACUGGAGCGAUCGUCUCUUUGUGGCACCUGUGGGAAGUAAAUGGAAUGGUGCGGCGCAUAACCACUGCCCCCAUCAUCCCUAUUAUCUGCAGCGGCCACGCGUUCAGCACCAAGUGAGAAUCCUGCAUAUACCCAGCACGGUGUCAUGCGGUCUGUGCGCAGGCAUAUUGCACUGUGGGUAAGGACAUUGGUCCCACACCCGUCAUUUCCCCUGUGAUCUGUGUGUGCUAAGUGCACUUGUCGUGAGCAUGGAGUGAGCGGAGGGAGCCAGCACGCAUGCCUCAUGUCUCUUUAAUGGAUUUGUACAUUGAGCAAACAGCCCCCUCUUGUGGCGUCUUGUUGUAACGACAUCAUCCGCAGCCCAUGUGUUUUCCAAUACUGUGUAUUAUUAAUAUGUCCCCCCGUCCGUCUAAGUGUCCUCACUUCACCCGUUUCCUGUUUUGAAGGUUUGUACGUGAAGCAGAAGAGAAGGGGAUCCACUAUUUUUCCAUGGAAUAAGAUAAUGUCUCAGUGUCUGUGUUGUCUGUCAGUGUAAAGAAGAAAUAGAAUAUUGUAUUUAUCUGAAGGAAACAUUAAUAUAAUUUGUAAAAAGGAGAUUAAGAGAUUUAUGGUCUGAAAAUGAAUAAAAUGAUUAUGUACAGUUUCA